GUCCAUUUCACUCUCAUUUCCUUUUUCCGAGGUUGUUGCAGGCCACUCCAACCCCCAUUUUCUCGUCUUUUUUGUGUUUGUGUGUUCCCUCGGAUUCCCAGUCACAAUCUUCAAAACCCUACCUUCAUUUCCCAAUUCUCAAUUCAUCAUUCAACUAAUCAAGCUUUUGCGUGUUGUAAUGUUAAAGGAAGUGAGCUAUAUCAUUUGUCUUUUGGUUUGAAAGGGUUAAUUUGAAUGGAAAAGAAAAGAUUAGAUGACUACGAACCAGGUCCUGUUCCUUCACCAAGAGCAUUAGACAGAUUUGGGUUUGUAAAACAGGAUGUUAAUACUUCUGAUGGGUUAGUCAAGAGUAGAUCAGCAUAUGAGAGACAUAGGGAUGAGAGAAGGGUUAGAAAAUGGAGGAAGAUGAUUGGGGUUGGUGGGAGUGAUUGGAAGCAUUAUCUAAGGAGAAAACCUCAUGUUGUUAAAAGGCGUAUAAGGAAAGGAAUUCCUGAUUGUUUAAGGGGCCUUGUUUGGCAAUUGAUAUCUGGAAGUCGAGACCUAUUGCUGAUGAACCCUGGAGUUUAUGAGCAACUAGUCAUAUAUGAGACGUCAGCCUCUGAACUGGAUAUAAUUCGAGACAUUUCUCGGACCUUCCCUUCACAUGUAUUCUUUCAACAGAGACAUGGACCUGGACAGCGGUCCCUCUACAAUGUUCUAAAAGCUUAUUCAGUCUUUGACAGAGAUGGAAUGGGUUUUUUAGCUGGGCUUUUGCUUCUUUAUAUGAGUGAAGAAGAUGCAUUUUGGUUGUUGGUGGCAUUGCUGAAAGGAGCAGUUCAUGCCCCAAUGGAGGGCUUGUAUCUGGCAGGAUUGCCUCUGGUACAGCAAUACCUCUUUCAAUUUGAACACUUGGUGAGGGAGCAUCUACCAAAGUUGGGAGAACAUUUUUCCCAUGAAAUGAUAAAUCCUAGCAUGUAUGCAAGCCAGUGGUUCAUAACUGUAUUUUCAUAUUCCUUUCCCUUCCAUUUGGCUCUUCGAAUUUGGGAUGUCUUUCUCUAUGAGGGUGUUAAAAUUGUCUUUAAAGUUGGCUUGGCUCUUUUACAGUUCUGCCAUGAUGACUUGAUUAAACUACCUUUUGAAAAACUGAUACAUGCGUUGAAAAACUUCCCUGAGGAUGCAAUGAAUCCAAAUACGUUGUUACCACUGGCAUAUUCUAUCAAGAUAUCCAAACGUCUAGAGGAACUGAAACAAGAGUAUGAGAAGAAGAAUGGAAAGAUAAGUCGAUCUAGAGAACUUUCUGAAAAGCAAAUAGUUCCAAGUGUCCAGAGCAACUGAAGCAUGAGCAUAUGUAGAUAGCAUUCUCAUGAAGAACUAUUAAAGCAGAGAAAUUCCAUACCCCAUAUGUAGAUAGCAUUCUCAUGAUUCUAUGUUGCAUUGGUUGCUGACUCUUGUCAAAUUUCAGUUUAUGAGGUUUUAGUGAAUAUGAAAAUAUGUUGCAUAUUUAGAGACUGAUAUGGGUCUCUUUCUUUUUUGUUUUCAACUCUGAAAAAUGUUGUUUUAGAAAUUAUGGUUUUUGUUAUUAUUAAAGGGGAUUCAUUUUGCUGAAAGGAAUUACUUUUCAGCUGAGGCGAGGAAUACUCUUGGUGGACCAAUAAAAAAGAGAAAAAAUGGUUUAUGGAAUUAAUAUCCAUUAUUGGGUAAAUUAC